AUGACUUUGAAUGGGGUUGUGAUGCCUGUCAACCGUUAUUUAUUUAUUUAUUUGCGUUGUUGUAGAUUUCAACCCGAGGAAUUCAUCGAUGCAGAGGCAGAACUGUCAGGUGAUGAAGUUGAGCGUGCCAAUUAUGCCGACGAACAGGAGGACGAAGAUGAUUCGGACGCUGUGAGCCUCAAAGAAUUUGUGGAUGAAACUGAGAUGGACGAUCGAAGUGGAAAAUUGCGUCGCGAGGUCGAACGCGUCUACAAUCGUAUCCAAGCGGACGAGGAUCAACGAAAAUUGCGCUACCUCAAGGAAAUGUUCUUCGAAGAUGGUGAUCUUUACGACGAGGAUGGGAAAGUCCGUCAAAGACGUUUUCGGUGGCGAGGUCUCGGUAAGUGCCAGUCUUUCCACCCUCAGGGUGUCACAUCUACUUCAUAA